ACGACCUGCUUCGUGGACACGAGCGGCGCGCUUGGGUGAUCGGCCGAGCCCGCCGCCGCUUGGAGCAGGCGGGCGAGGCGGCGGAACCGUGCCGAGCCGAGCAGGGCAAGUGAGGCAAGUGAGCGCGCGGGGGACGCGGGACGGCGAGACCGCGAGAGGAGGAGAUGAGCGAGGCGGACGGGCGCGCGGCGGCCGGCGACCCGCCGAGCCGCCCCGCGCCGCGGCUGAACGAGAGGAUCCUCUCGUCCCUGUCGCGGAGGUCCGUGGCCGCGCACCCAUGGCACGACCUCGAGAUCGGCCCUGACGCUCCUGCUGCGUUCAACGUUGUCGUGGAGAUCUCGAAAGGGAGCAAGGUCAAGUACGAGCUCGACAAGAAAACCGGGCUCAUCAAGGUCGACCGCGUGCUGUACUCGUCGGUGGUGUACCCGCACAACUACGGCUUCAUCCCGCGAACGCUUUGCGAGGACAACGACCCCAUGGAUGUGCUGGUCCUCAUGCAGGAACCGGUUCUUCCUGGCUGCUUCCUCCGAGCCAGAGCGAUCGGGCUCAUGCCCAUGAUUGAUCAGGGAGAGAAGGAUGACAAGAUCAUUGCCGUCUGCACCGAUGACCCCGAGUACCGCCACUACAAUGACCUCAGCGAGCUCUCGCCUCACCGGGUCCAGGAGAUCCGACGAUUCUUCGAAGAUUAUAAGAAGAACGAGAACAAGGAGGUUGCUGUGGACGAGGUUCAGCCUGCGAGCACUGCCCGCGAUGCCAUCCAGUACUCCAUGGAUCUCUAUGCGCAGUACAAUCUGCAGAGCCUGCGGCAGUAGUUUUGUGGCGCCUGGGCACUUGGUUCUCCACCAGUAGUCCAGUACUUGCCAUGUGUCGAGAAGUCGAAUUGAACUAUGAGUAUGCUUAGCCAGAGAACACAAGCCUUGGCUGCUAGAGAUGUACUAUACAUGUAUGUAUUAUUAGGGUCAUGGUGUAACUUGUAAGGAGGCCUUUUUAGUUGCUUGUGAAACUGUUCAAGGCCUCCAUACUAUUAUACUGAAUCUUACCCCGUACAAGCUUAAGGCGACACAAAAGUAAGAAAUGUCUGAAUCAAGUUA